GGCAUCGAUGAAGAACGUUCCUAUCUACGUGCCUGCAUCAAAGAGUCACAACGGAUCUAUCCUUUGGUCAUCGGCAAUGGCCGAUUUCUCAAUCGGGACAGCGUUUUGAGCGGAUACCAAGUGCCAGCUGGUACCUGUGUGUCGAUGGUUCCCCUGAGCUUGCUAUCAAGCGAGGAGCACUUCCCCAAGGCUGCUGAGUUCCUGCCAGAACGUUGGAUUCGUAACGCCACAGACUCCAACGGGCAAUGCCCGGCAAAUGACUUGAAGCUGAAGAAUCCGUUUGUGUUCUUGCCCUUCGGAUUUGGACCCCGGAUGUGCGUUGGAAAGCGCAUCGUGGACAUGGAGCUCGAGCUGCGCAUCGCUCGACUCAUUCGGAACUUUAGCAUCGAGUUCAAUCAUCCCACGGAGAACGCUUUCCGCUCCUCCCUGAUCAAUUUGCCCAACAGUAAACACAUUUCUCAUCCUAAAUUAUCUUUACAACUGGAAAACCUUGAAGGAACUUAUUUGCAUUCUGGCUGA